CUGAUGUGGGGGUAGGUGUGUGGGUGAUUGUGUUCCCCCGGCUCGGCCUCCGUGUAAUGAUGCGCGGGUCGGUGUUGUCGGUGCUCAGCCGCUUCUCUCAGGAAUACGCGGCGGGGACUCCGCUCCGGCUGAAGCUGCUGGACUCGUACCUGCUGUACAUGGCGCUGAGCGGAGUAGCUCAAUUCCUUUACUGCGCGCUGGUCGGUACUUUCCCCUUCAACUCCUUCCUGUCCGGAUUCAUCGCCUGUGUGGGGGCCUUCGUGCUGGCAGUUUGCUUGCGGAUACAGAUCAACCCUCAGAACAAAGGAGAUUUCAUUGGCAUCUCACCUGAGCGAGCAUUUGCAGACUUCCUCUUUGCCAGCACCAUUCUUCAUCUAGUGGUGAUCAACUUCAUAGGUUGAGUGUACACAUUGUCAUGCAGCAGAAAUAAUGAGAGGAACCGAAGCUCGUAUUGCCGCUGCAAUGGAUCUGUUUGAACUUUGUUUACACAUUUUGUUUUGUUCCGUAUAUACAUAUAAAAAAUAAAACAUCUUUUACAAAA